AUGCAUUCUUCUUGGUCAUUGCUCUCUCUGGCGGUCUCUGCCGUCUCGGCUGCUCCCUCUCUGCUGCGUAGAGCACCCGCCAAUGCACCCAUUGUCAACUUGAAGAAUGGUUCAUACUAUGGAGCUCACAACAGCCAAUACAACCAGGACUUCUUCCUUGGCGUGCCCUUCGCACAGCCUCCCCUUGAGCAGCUCCGUUUUGCCAACCCCGAGACGUUGAACUCGACCUGGACUGGAGCUCUGCCUGCAACCAACUAUGCCUUUGAGUGUGUGGGUUACGGAGGCGAUCAAGUAGGCUAUCAACAAUCCGAAGAUUGUCUGUACCUCAAUGUCGUAAGACCAUCCGGCUACGAGAACACCAGUCUGCCAAUGGUUGUUUGGAUCCACGGUGGUGGCUUCUACAUGGUAGGUUUAUUUCCAUUCUGUAAUCAUUGCUUUUCUGACCAUCAUGUAGNNGGCGGUGCAGUCGACAGAAGAUACAACUUGACCUUCCUCGUCGAAAACUCUGUCAAGAUUGGCAAGCCCAUCAUGGCUGCCAGUGUCGCUUACAGACUGGGUCCCUUUGGUUUCCUCAACGGUGAUGAAGUUGCUGGCGCCGGCCAGACCAACAUUGGUCUCAAGGAUCAGCGCAAGGCUUUGCAAUGGCUUCAAGAGAACGGUGCCGCUUUCGGUGCCGACACAAGCAAGGUUACCAUCAUGGGAGAGUCUGCUGGUGCUGCUUCCGUCGGUUUCCACUUGACUGCAUUCAAUGGUCGCGAUGACAAGUUGUUCCGUGCCGCUAUCAUGGAGUCUGGUAAUGCUAUCUCCUACAACGCUCUCAAUGGCUCAGAAUACUCAGCUCUUGCUAAGGCAGCUGGAUGCGGUAACUUGACCAACACUUUGGAUUGUCUGCGUGCACUGCCUUUCACCGUCCNNCUCAACAACAUCCUAAACACUACCGACUUCAACAGUGGCUGGAACCCUGCUCUGGACGGUGAUUUCAUCGCCCGUUAUGGCAGCGAGCAGCUCGCCGACGGAUCCUUUGUCCACGUUCCCAUCAUCAACGGUGCCAACAGUGACGAAGGCGUCUCUUUCAGCCCCCUUGGUAUCAACUCAACUGCCGACCUCGAAAUGUACAUGAACACAACCAGCAGCAGGCAGUAUGCCCUGACUCCGGAACUCGUCGAGGAACUCCUCAGCGUCUACACCUCAGGCCAACCCGAUUACCUCAUUCCUUCCACCGAAGAGCUGGGCCAGAACGUUACAAGUCUUGGUCCCCAGUAUGGCCCUUACUACCGCGCCUCAGCCGCUUACUUCGGCGACGAGGUCUUCAUCGCCAACCGCCGCAAGGACUGCGAAGUCUGGGCUGCCAACAACGUCUCCGCAUACUCUUACCGCUUCAACGCCAUCCCCACUGGCUCCCAAUUCGUCGCCCACUUCCAAGAAGUAGCCUUUGUGUUCAACAACUUGAACGGUCUUGGAUACGCCGUCAACCCCUUCGCCAACAAGUCUGCUGCGUACACCGAGUUGUCUGACUUUAUGAGCAAGAGCUGGGUUACUUUUGUGCAUGAUCUGAACCCUAACGGUUAUGCGGGCAAGAACUCGAGUUUGCCUAACUGGCCUGUGUAUACCCUUGACGCACCACAGAAUAUGGUGUUUGAUGUUAAUGUUACCAGUCAUGCUGAGCCUGAUACUUGGAGAGCGGAAGGUAUCAAGUUGAUCUCUGAUAACAACAUUCAGUACCACAGAUAA